AUGAAGUGGGGUAUUUUGGGUGCUGGUAACAUCGCAGGCAAGUUUGUCAAGGACUUGUUGCUUGAUGAGCUGAAGAGACAUACAAUUGUCGCAAUUGGCUCAUCCCUGGAAGAUAAGGCUAAACAGUUUCUGGAAGCCAAUGGCAUAAGCAAAGAGAAGAAUCAGGGAGUUAUUCCCAAGUUCCAGCUGAGACUUGACUUCUUCAAGAACCCUGACGUUCAAAUCAUCUAUGUGGCAUCGCCUCACGUCUUUCACGAAAACCAGGUUCUCGAGGCCUUGGAGAAUGGAAAACACGUUUUGUGUGAAAAGCCCUUCACAGUGACCGCAGCUCAGUCCAGAAGAGUUUUUGAGGCAGCUGAAAAGUCCGGUCUUUUUGUUAUGGAAGCUGUUUGGACAAGGUUCAUCCCUGCCGUCUUGAAAGCCAAAGAGUGGAUCAAGGAUGGCUCAAUUGGCGAUGUCAAGCGUCUUACAGGUGACUUCUCUAUGGAUCUUGAUUUGGACAAUCUUCCUGCGUCAUCCAGAGGCAGGGAUAUCAAUUUGGCCGCUGGAGCCACUUUGGAUGUUGGUAUCUACCCAUUGACCUAUUCUCGUAUUCUCUUGGAUGAUAAGUUGGGCAAGCAGGCAACGCCAUUUGAGGUCAAGUCUUUCCUUACUUUGGACGAAAAGGACAAAGUCGACCAUCUCAGUACUGUCAUUGUGAAGUACAACAACGGAAAGCAGGCAAUUGCAACCAGCUCCAACUACACUGCCGGUCCAGAGAAAUUUUUACGUUUGGAGGGAACUAAGGGGUAUCUUGAGAUGUACGGUAAUCCUGCUGCUCCAAAGCACGUUAAAGUAUUCACUCAGGAUGGAAAGCUUGUGAAGGAGCAUCUCGACAAGGACUCUUUUGCAGGAUUUAUUCAUGAGGCUAAUGCUGCUGCCGAUGCCGUUGAGGCUGGAAAGACUCAAUCGGACUCCAUUCCUUGGGAUGAGACGUUGCUCAUGAUGGAUCUUAUGGACAAGGUUCGCUGGGAAAAUGGUUUUUACUAUCCUGGAGAGAAGUAA